AUGACUCCUCUACUGAUGAAUCCCUGCGAGCAGAUUCAGAAAUCCGAGCCCAUAUUCAUCAGCCAGGAGACGACCUCUGGCCCGGCCCAUUUGGCCCUCAGACUUGCGUCAACACAAGAUUCCCAGAGCCCGGCAUCAGCGAGGCUGAGGCAGCGAAGAAGCGCGGCAUCACAGGCGGCCACUGUCGCCACUGGUACCACCGUCCGCGCGUCCAGCUGUGUUGAAUCGGUGCAGGCCGAGAUGGCCCGUAUCAGACGCGACUUCACGGCCGAACUGGCCGGACUGUUCACGCGCAUCAACGUCAUCGACAGUCAAGUGGACCGACUGGCCGAAUUCAUGGUCACCAGCUCCUCGCUACCCGAAGAGGUGGAGGCGAUCACCUGCGCCUCCUCAGGAGCCACUGCCAGGUCUCCGGUGCCCAGCUCGGCCAUCAACCCUCAAGGCGGAAGGAAGCCGAAGCCGCCGCUUUGCCUCGUCACGAAGAAGCUGAGGCGGAACGAUGCUUCAAGGGCCUAUUCUCGGGACUCUGAUUCGCCCUCUACGGCGUCCACACUCUCCACGGACUCCUCUUCUCUGCUCGAUCAGUUUGACUGUGAGGCCAGUUCUGAGACGGCGUUCUCCACCCUCAUUUCCUGCCCUGACGACACGACCAGCAUGAGUGUCUUCUCAGACGCUUGCACCGACUCCUGGACACGAGAAGCCACGUUUGCGUAUGGCCUUCUGGCCGUCAAAAAGGCCGGUCUGCAGGUCAGAGACCGGUCGACGGAUGCACGAUCUUCCGUUGCCGUUCACAUGACGAAGUACAACCAGCAACCGGAAACCAUGCCUCAGCCAGUCCCAAUCGAUGUGGCCUGCAAAAGGCCUAACGGAAAACCUGACCAGCCCGUCAACAGGAAAGUGAAGACCAAAGUCCUGCCAAGGAGCAAGUAG